AUGACCCCAGGGCUUGCUCAACCCCUUCUCUCCGGUACCGAUCAGUUCUCUGGUGGCCUCGAUAGUGGUCGCGGCUCUGCCGAUAGCAGCAGUGCCUCAAGUCUGGCAACUGCCCUGGCAAACUCCUCCUCGCAUUUGUUGCCUACCUUAUGCUGUAAUGAGGUGGCAACCUGUCGGGAUGCUCUGCUACCACCUGCAGGUGGCCGUGGCUCAUGCCAAGUCUCUCCACUGAUCCUCUGCAAGGCUGCUGCUCAUGAUAAUUUAGCUGGCGCUUGUAGUUACUCCUGCGAAUGUGGUCUCUCGGUUCCUGCUGCUGCGACCUCAACAGUCGCUGCCUGCAACGGUGUGAUGACCUCUUGUCGGCGCUGCUCACUCUUUUCACGAAUCUUAUCCUCAAGACCCAUUCCCAGUUCUUUUACACAGACAACGACAUUAGGCUCUGACAUUUAUCUCAAUCCGGUUGCCUACCUUGCCAACAGCCUCACACAUUGUCAGCUACAUUUUCCUUUGAUUAGAGGACGCUCGCCAUUUGUGCCUCAUGCUUCGGAGCAUAGUUCUGUGCCAGCUGUUGUGCAUCCACUGCACUCGCAGCAACCGUUGAGUCCUGGACAUUCUCGGAUCAGCAUGGCACCUCUAACGACCAGCAAACAUUUAACAACAAACGCACCAGCAAAUCUUGCAAAUAUACCGUCAUCUUGCAUCCUCGGUUCACCUGUUACUACUGGGCUCGGGAGUGGAAUAAAAUGGAGCAAGCGAGGGCUUAGGGUGAGCUAG